AAUUUAGGAUGCUUUAUUUUGCCGAUUACUAUAACAAAAUAACACAAAACAAAAAGCAUAAAUCAACUCCACAGUCCCCAAAAGGGCCAAAACUCUUUCUAUCUUCCUCCUCUGCAUUGGCUCUCUGCUUGUUUCUUCACCAUUCCAAGAAACCAGUAGAGAGAGAGAGAGAGUGGCGGAGAGAGAAUGUGACUGACGUUUGCGCCGCCCAAAAAUUUCAAGCCACCCGCCCACCGAUUCUUUUCUCCUUCUCCAUUGUGCUUAUGGAUUGAUUCUUUUUUUACUCCCUACCCUUCCUCUCUGAUGGAAUCCCAUUAGAGAGCAGAAAUUUUAGAAGGAAAGGUACUAUCUGUUAUUGGGAUUUUUCAUUGAAAAUCUCGCAAUUCACUCUGGCGGAUCUAAGAGGAACCCUAGCUUUCGUUAUCUCUUCGAUUUCUUCUAAUUGUUUCGAUUUCAAAUUAAGGAGAAGAAAGCGUAAUCAGAGAUUCUUAUACAGAGGAAAAAUGCCAUGGAUUGCGAGAUUGUCUGGGUUUUUCUCUGCAACGUUGAUGAUGAUUAUACUUUCCCCUUUUCUUCAGUCAUUCGCCCCGGCGGAAGCGAUUAAAUCCACUCAGACCGAUUCUUAUCUCCGAUUAAACGCUCCGACUGAAUCCUCAGACUCUCUGAGCAGAUUCUCUUUCAGAAAAGCAGAAGUAUUCCACAAUGCCAUUGAAUGCCGCUCGUUAAAUUUGGGGAAAUCCGGUUCGUGCGAUCCCUCUCUUGUCCAUGUCGCCAUUACUCUUGAUAUUGACUAUUUACGCGGUUCGAUAGCUGCCGUUCAUUCGAUUCUCCAGCAUUCCAAGUGCCCGCAGAGUGUGUUCUUCCACUUCCUAGUUUCUGAACCGGGACUCGAAACCCUAGUCCGAUCCACUUUCCCAGAAUUGAAGUUUAAAGUGUAUUUCUUCGAUCCGGAAAGGGUCCGGAGCCUGAUCUCAGCUUCUGUACGGCAAGCGCUUGAACAACCGCUGAAUUAUGCUAGAAAUUACUUGGGAGAUCUUUUGGAGCCAUGCGUCAGAAGGGUGAUUUACUUGGAUACGGAUCUGGUACUGGUUGAUGAUAUUUGGAAGCUUUGGAAUACAAGCUUGGGGAAGAAGACCAUUGGAGCACCCGAAUAUUGUCACGCAAAUUUCACCAAAUACUUCACCGAGUAUUUCUGGUCGGACCAGCAAUAUCCCGGCGUAUUUUCCGGCAGAAAACCUUGCUAUUUCAACACCGGAGUGAUGGUGAUAGAUCUGGUCAAAUGGCGGCAGUUAGGGUACACGCGGCGAAUUGAGCGGUGGAUGGAGAUACAGAAGACUAGUCCUAGCAGGAUCUACGAGCUCGGCUCGCUACCGCCGUUUCUCCUAGUGUUCGCUGGACAUGUCGCGCCGAUCGAACACCAGUGGAAUCAGCACGGCUUAGGCGGCGAUAAUGUGAAGGGAAGCUGCCGGGACAUCCACCCCGGUCCGGUUAGCCUUCUCCACUGGAGCGGCAGCGGCAAGCCGUGGCUUCGGCUGGACUCCAAGCAGCCGUGUCCAAUCGACUCGUUGUGGGCCCCUUAUGAUUUGUACGGAAAUCUGUAAACUCAGCUCCGAUAACUUGUCCGCCGGUAAAUUCACCUUUUUCCUGUAUUUUCACUUUUUUAAUCAAUUAUUUGAUUAUAAGUGAUAAUUUCAGGCGAAUUUGUAUUUUAUUCGAUUAUUGUGUUUCGCCUGGAAAAUAAAAAGCUAAUUCUUUAAUGAAAUGCGCUUUUACCUGGCAAAGUUCA